AUGAGUGCCCAGCCUCCGAUGGCUUUUCCCCUCCCAGCUGCUGGAACCAACUUGGCCGUGCAGCCCACUCCUGGACUGGGCCCUGCCCUGAUUCCGUUUCCCGAGGCCACCCAGCCACCCAGGCCCAUCACUCAAGCGGGGUAUGGCGGGUACCAGCGCCACCCCGGCCAGGACCUCGGUUACGGCGGCCAGCCCCAGGAGCCUGUGCCGGCGGCCACCACGGCUCCCUCCUACCAGGACAGUUACAGCUAUGGACCUUCGGCAGCCGCUGGUGGCUACGAGAACAAACGGGACCCGCCACCUGCUGCUGGCCAGCCUCAGCUCCCAGCCAUGGCCACGGCCACGCUCUGCCCACCAGGGCCCCAAGGAGCCUACGGUGGCAUUGGGUACAACCAAGCGCAGCCCCUGCUGCAGGUGCCCACCACCGAGGCGGGGCAGCUGGCCAGCACUUUGCCCUCCACCUCCACCUACCCCCCGGUGAGCAACGCUAAGCCCGCGGCCUCCUCCCUCUCCACGCUGCCUUCCUCAUCCUCGUUCGGCCCGGCCUCCGCCCCGUACACUGGACCAAGCUACCCGGGCUAUGACACAUCCCCGUACUCAGCGGUCAGUCCUUACUAUCCCCCGCUGCUCCUCCCACAGAUGCGGCCGCCCCCACUCCCAAAGCCCGUGGACUCGUCCCUGUGGGGCGGCUCGGGAAGCAAUCCCAGUGCCCGUUGCACCGACAGCUUCGCCAAGAAGCUACCAGUUGCCACCAAGUUGCCGAAACCCAGGGGUGGCCCCAAGCAGCUCCCGCUUCACUAUUGUGACAUCUGCAAGAUCAGCUGUGCUGGUCCCCAGACCUACCGCGAGCACCUGGAAGGACAGAAGCACAAAAAGAAAGAGGCGGCUCAGAAUAUGGGCAUCCAGCCCAACGGCAGCCCACGAGGGGUGCAGGCGCAGCUGCACUGCGACCUGUGUGCCGUGUCCUGCACCGGGGCGGAGGCCUAUGCCGCCCACAUCCGGGGGUCCAAGCACCAGAAGGUCUUCAAGCUGCACACCAAAUUGGGGAAGCCCAUUCCCAGCAUGGACCUGGCGCCAGCGAAUUCGGCCCAGGCCACCAGCACCAGCCAGCCGGCCUCCACUCCCCUCACCGCAGAGAGCCCCCCCGUGGCCCCUGCCAGCCCCAGCAUGUGUGCCCCAAGCAGGCCAGCGCCAGCCAGGAGACCGGCCGCCUUGAAGGCCUCGCACGUGGGGCCUUCUGCGCUGCCGGCAGCAGACAGCAGACCCCCCCAGGGGAAACCAGCACACCGCAGAUCAGAGCGGCCCGGAGAACCGCCCGCCCAAGGAGGCUCUGCGGAAGCAUCUGGAACGUGCUGUGACGCACAGCCGGUGGGCGCAGGCUACGUGGAGGAGGUGUGCAACGAGGAGGGCAGAGUGAUCCGGUUCCACUGCACGCUGUGCGAGUGCAGCUUCAAUGACCCCAAUGCCCGGGACAUGCACGUGAGGGGGCGGCGGCACCGGCUGCAGUAUAAGAAAAAAGUGAACCCCGAUCUUCCGCUUGCGGACAAGCCCAGCACGAGAGUUCGGAAGCUGCUGGAGGAGAGGCUGAGGAAGCAGCGGCAGCUGAGCAAGCAGCGUCUGGGGGAGCUGCGGCGCCAGCAUGACGAGAUGAGCAGGCGCUACGGCUUGUGCAAGAGGCGGCUGGAAGAGGAGCCACGGGCGCAGGAGGCGCGCUCGGGACGCUCACCGCCUGACCAGCACGCACCUCCCCUCAGGAGCAGGCCGGGGCUGUCCGCAGCCAAGCCUCUGCCCAUGAGGCGGCCAGAGUCCAGCGACGACCGGCACGUCAUGUGCAAGCACGCCGCCAUCUACCCCACAGAGGAGGAGCUCCUGGCUGUCCAGAAGGCCGUCUCCCACUCGGAGCGCGCCCUCAAGCUCGUGUCUGACACAAUGGCUGAUGAGGAUUCUGCGCGCCCAGAGCCAGAGGGCGGGGAGUGCAGCCGCCCAGGCCCCUCUGCUCGGAUCCUGAAAGGCGUGAUGCGGGUCGGCCUGCUGGCGAAGGGCCUCCUCCUGCGGGGAGACAGGGCCGUGCAGCUGAUCCUGCUCUGCUCCCAGAAGCCCAGCCGCGCGCUGCUGCGCAGAGUCACGGAGCAGCUGCCCCUCCAGCUCCCGAUGGUGACAGAGGACAAGUACGAGGUCUCCUCCAACCCUGAAACCGACAUCAUCAUCUCCUCCUGCGAGGAGCCCAGGAUACAGGUCACUGUGUCCAUCACCUCGCCCCUGAUGCGGGAGGACCCCUCUGCAGACCGAGAAGGAACAGCGGCGCCUCCACCUGACCCUGGAGAUGUCCUGAGCUCAGAGAAGUGCCUCCAAUUGUUGGCUGCCCUCCGCCACGCCAAGUGGUUCCAGGCGAGAGCCAGCGGCCUGCAGCCCUGUGUGAUCGUCAUUAGGGUCCUUCGGGACCUCUGCCAGCGUGUGCCCACCUGGGGGGCCCUGCCGGACUGGGCCAUGGAGCUGCUGGUGGAGAAGGCUCUGAGCAGCACGAAGGGGCCCCUGAGCCCCGGGGGCGCCGUGAGACGGGUCCUGGAGUGCGUGGCCUCGGGGAUGCUCCUGACAGAUGGACCGGGGCUCCAGGAUCCCUGCGAGAGAGACCAGGUGGACGCCCUCGGGUCCAUGACCCUCCAGGAGCGGGAGGACAUCACGGCCAGUGCCCAGCACGCCCUGCGCAUGUUGGCGUUCCGGCAGAUCCACAAGAUCCUGGGCAUCGACCCUCUGCCGCCCCCCAAAAGCAGGCCUGGGGCACGCUUCCGGAAGAGGCCACGGGAGGCGAGCGAGGCCGAGGCCGAGGAGAGCGCUGGCCAGAGGAAGCGGGCUGGCGGGGCAGAGGGGGGCCCGUGUGAGCGGCCUCGCCUCCCCAACGGGACCUGA